AUGUUACGUGGUCAAUUAGAAAUAGCUCUGUUGAUUUAUGUGGAUGUUUUCAUCUGUGUAUCUAUACAGUCAUUGUCAGAAUUGAUAUACUACCAACCCGGAGACUACACUACUGGCUACGUAAUUUUGGAUGAAUCUGGAGUUUCCAAAGACAAGUCACAAAAAGGUACGACACAACAUACAAUAAGUAUAAUAGAAGCAGUAGAUUUUAUCAACAAAAAUGAACGGAUUUUACAUAAUAUUACAUUGGGAGUUGUCGUUUUUAACAACAUAUCAACAAUGAAUAAAGACCUUGAAUUCCUUCAGGAAGAAUUAUGCGAUACAACUGUGAAUUUGAUCAGUUUUGUUACAUCAACUUCGAAUUGCAUUUCAAAAAGUGUUCAAGAAUCACUUACAGCAUAUUCCAUUCCAAUAAUAGUUGAAAAUGGUAGAACAUGUAUCGAAGAAUUCGUCAGCUCUGUUUUCUACGUAGGGGACAAUUGGCGCUCAUUGAUUAAGGUCAUUUUGCAGCUAUUGAAGGAACUGCUCUGGGAUUGGAUUGCCAUAGUGGCGCCUGAAGAUUCCAAUAACCGUCUGCUGGUUAGUCACAUGAUAUCAGAAGCUUCACGGUUUAAUAUCUGCUCAGCGUUUGAGGUUUUCAUGUCAAAUCAGAGCUCCGAAGAUGGGAGAUCAUUGGUUAAAGCUUUAGCUAAAUUUCCUGACGUCAAAGUCAUCGUUUCAUUUUUAGACAUUCAUCAUCUUGAAGAAGUUGUAAGAUUAGCAUCUGGUAACUUGUCAGAAUUUGUUUGGAUAGUAGCUGAAGAUAUAAGGGAUCGUGUACCUUUAUUUCUUUCGGGAUCAAUCGGAAUUGCUCAUGAUUCUCUAAAAUAUGAACCUGUUGCGCAAUGGCGUAAAUUCUUUGGGUACGUAUGCAACGUUUGUAAUGAUUUUGAACGUAAAGGAAGCACACGUACGGCGUACCGGCACACUUGCAGUGAAUCUAUGUGUUAUGCAUCUGAUAUCGUAUGCAAUGAUUUUAAUAUCUCUAAUGAAGAUAAAGGUUUUCCAAGUAAACAUUUACGACGAGCUGUAGAGGCCAUUGCGCAUGCUCUUACAACGACUAUUAAUGACCAAACAGAUGUAAAACUCAAUAAAUUGGCGAUUUUAGAAAACUUGGAGGAGGUGCAUUUUGUCGGGUCUAAUGGAAGAGAGUUUUACUUUGACACAAACAACUACUCUCCAACAAACCUUAACGUAGUUAACUACCAUCGUGAAACAUUAUAUCAGAACUACACAUUAUCUAGAACAUUUGUUGGUACAUACAGCGAAAAUACAACUGGUAGUAGUGGUCUUCGAAUCAACGUCUCUGAAAUCAUAUUUGAAACUUAUGAAAAUUAUAUACCGGUUUCGACGUGCCAUAACAAGUGCGAACAAGGUUCCUACGUAAUUAAAACACCAGAUCACCCAGAGUGCUGCACUGUUUGCUUAGAAUGUGAACAUCCCAUUCCCCUCAUUAACUCUUCAACAGCUUUAAUUGGAUGUGUAAAAUGCCAGCCUCAUCAUCAUUAUGAUGUAGAUCUCGAAAGCUGUGAAGAAAAUAAUAUCGAUUAUCUACACUGGACGAAUAUCGGCACGUACAUUGCACUUGCGCUCUCAUUUGUAGGUCACCUGACAACUUUGGGUGUCAUGGUGAUUUUUAUCAAAUAUCGAGCCACACCAAUUGUCAGAGCAUCCAACUACCAGCUAAGCAUGCUUCUCUUGGUUAGCCUUCUGGUAGACUUCUCUCUACCUUUCAUCCACAUCGGCCUGCCUUCAAAUCUUAAAUGCCUACUGGCAAUAGCGAUGCAAGGGCCGGCAGUAACCAUCGCUCUCUCGAUAUUUCUCGUAAAGACACACCGCGUAUUAACAAUUUUUGAAUCCCGGCUGCCAUCUUUGAACAAAACGUGGUUACUGGGUCACCAUCUACAAUUUCUUCUUGUGUUUAUCCUCACCUUAAUUGAAGUUAUAUCUGUAACAGCCUAUUUAGUUCUGGAACCUCCCCAUGUCGUUUACUUUGACGAUCCAGAUGGCGGUGUUACAUACGUACAAUGCCAGUACACGGGUGUUGUUAUAAUUUCACUAUACGCAUAUAAUUGGAUUAUCGCCACUAUAUGUUUUAUACUAUCUUUUCGCGCAAGACAUCUCCCGGUAAAUUUUAACGAAUCGCGCCAUAUGGCAAUAACCAUGGGAGCGUAUUACACUGUCUGGCUUAUUCUAAUGCCGCCGUAUUUACUUUUGGACGGUAGUCUAAAAACGAUUCUACAACUGGCGGUCAUCGUCAUUGCCACAUUCACAUUGUUGCUCUGCCUGUUUAUGCCAAAGGUUUACGUUAUCGUUUUUUGUCCGGAGAGAAACACGCUCGAAGAGUCCAGGCGGAUGACACUUGAACACACGCAGCGUCGAUCGAUUUCGUUCUUUGAGUCAGCACAGCGCACAGCUAGCGCCCCCGUUCGUUCCUCAUCGAGUCAUCCAGUUAGCACGAUAUCAUCGAAUGUCGGAUUUAGCAAAGAACAUCCGGAUAUAGAAAGUUCAGGUAGCAAUCGGCAUUUAAAUAUUGGAUCUGUUGAUGAAGUACAUAAUGUGGACUACCUAAUUUCUUCACAUGUUCCUGACAACGACGAUGGAGGAACUGAGAAUUCUGAGUCUACUGCGGAGUUUCCAGAACUGCUGCACAUAAUUUUUAACUGUGAUGGAGUAAACGAUUCUCCUGAUCCAGGACCUGUUUCAUAUCACAAGGAGACUAUACUUGACUCCAAAUUCACACACGGAUGUGGUCUGAAACAUGAAUUUGAAAAUGUAUGAAUAAAUGGUCUACUCUUUUUAGAUCAACCUAUGUUAGUGUAUUAAAAUGUAUCCCAAAAUUAUCUUCAGUUUCUUUUCUGUUACAGUGGUCCCUGUAGUACCGUACCAAAUGAAAUCAAUUUAUUCAAUUAUUAUGUAACUCCUAAUAUGGAAUGUGGGAGCCUGAUCUAGGACCUGUUUCAUAUCACAAGAAGACUAUAGUUGACUCCAAAUUCACACACGGAUGUGGUCUGAAACAUGAACUUGAAAAUGUAUGAAUAAAUAUGGUCUACUAUUUUUAGAUCAACCUAUGUUAGUGUAUUAAAAUAUAUCUCAAAAUUAUCUUCAGUUUCUUUACUGUUACAGUGGUCCCUAUAGUACCAAAUUAAAUUAAUUUAUUCAAUUAUUAUGUAACUCCUAAUAUGGAAUGUGGAAGCCUGGUCCAGGACCUGUUUCAUAUCACAAGGUCUACUAUGACCCUCAAUAAACUCAAUGGUCUCAUAGAACACCUUGAAGUACUAAAUAUUCAGUUAUUGUGAACGCAAUAACGUGUUCUUACAGGAAAUUAUAUAUACUAUUUGGCCUCGCAGCUUAGUUGGCAAGAAAAUAUUUCUGAGGGUGCUUAAUAUUAAACAAUAUUGAAUGUAA